GGCCAUAAUGGCGGGCGCCAGGGAAGAUUUGCAAGCGCUCUUUGCAGCUGGCGUUCGUGCGUCGCUGGAAACCUGGCCGGCUUUGCAGAUCGCCGUGGAAAAUGGCUUCGGGGGUGUGCACAGCCAGGAAAAGGCCGUGUGGCUAGGGGAUGCAAUAGAGGAGUACUUUAUCCGCAAUGAUGACUUGGAGCUAGAUGAAGUGGAAGACUUCAUUGGGGAACUCAUGACCAAUGAAUUUGAUACAAUUGUGGAAGAUGGGAGUCUGUCCCAGGUGAGCCAGCAGCUGCAGACAAUGUUCCAUUACUUCCAGAAGGGUGAUGGGGCUGCUCUGAGGGACAUGGUCUCUCACAUCAUCCAAAGAAAAUGCAGGGUCAGAGCCACCACACUUACAGCAGCCAAAGACAACGAUAAUGACGUGGACAGCGUGGAGGAGAUGGAGGUCACAGCUACCAGUAAUGGAGAAGCUACAAAUGGGUUAUGUUCCCAGCCUGACUCCUCCAGACCAGACUUUGAGACUAUUAAGGAAGAAGAUAUAGUGGAGGAUGGCUGGACCAUUGUCCGAAGAAAGAAAUGAGUGGAACUGGAAAUGGUUUGGGCUCUUAUUUGCUGGUAGUAUUGAGAUAGUGAGAGUUGGGGGAGGGUUGUAGUUCUCUGAACUUGUUAUUCUAUCCACACUGUCUCCCCAUUUCCCUGUCUAACCCCUCUCCAGGGGAAGAAGAGUUCUUGGGGUUGUGGUCUCAGGGUCAUGAGGCAUGGUUUUCCAGCACAGUAGGUCUUUGGUGUAAUCAGUGUCAAGAGGGAGAGGGUAUGACUGGAGAAGCUCAAAGCUGGGUGACAGGUUGUGGAAUUGCAAAGGAAGAGGACUAGCAGGAAAACCAAUAUCAUGAGCAUGGCAACAGUAAAUUGGUAAAGGAUGUGAAUGAUGCUGACUGUGGAAUGUCUCUAUUUUAUCCUUUCACCCAUACAUAUCCACACAGCAACUCUGUAUCCCUUCCCAGAACUUGUAACCCGCUGAACACUCCUUUUCUUCAGUCCAAUUCCAGUAUUGAGUUCCUUCAAGACAUCUAAGACCUUAGCUAGGUUAGAAGGUCUUUCUGUUUCUUCCAGUCUCUUUCCAAACUCUUCAUUUCAUCCUGCCCACUCCUAGAGAUAAGGUUUAAGAUUUCAAUAAAUGCACUCUGGUUUCA